AUGCGUUCCGCGAAAACACAGGCCGCGCAGAAGAUCCGGUCGUUCGCAAACACCACACCUACAACGCGCCGGACGAGGACUUCAACUGGUACUACUUCUACAACUACUACUACGAUAGUAUCAAAAUUACCUUCAUCGCAGAAAUCAAAGCCAAAAAAGGUGGUGGCAGAGGCAGAGGAACAAGAAGGUGAAGAUGAUAAUGAUAUCUCAGAUUCCGAGUUAUCAUCCGCACCGUCGGAUCUUGAAUCUGCAUAUUCCGAGUCUCAGAGAGCUUCUAGUGCUGAUGACGAUGAGGAAUAUACAACAUCUCCAUACUUCAAUUCUUCGUCCUCCUUAGCACAACCAUCCAAAAAGCGAAAACAUAACAAUAACAGUAACAACAUCAGGAUAAAAACCGAAGACGAUGAUGCUAUCAAAAAGGAAGAAGAAGAUGAUGAUGAUUAUGAAGGAGAAGAAGAGGAGGAGGAAAAGAAGCCAAAGCCAAAAUCAACAUCAAAGCCAAAACCAAAAUCAACCCCCAAAACCGUAAAGAUCAAAAAGGAAAAAGGAAAAUACGUAGACGUUCACUACGACCCUCCAGAAAACUGGCGAGAAAUGUACGAUUUAAUCAAAGAAAUGCGUCUACGUAUCCCCGCCCCAGUAGACACCGUAGGUUGCGCGCGACUCGCCCAAAAGGAUGUCCCACCGAAGGUCAAACGCUUCCAGCACUUAAUAGCCCUAAUGAUGUCCUCCCAAACCAAGGACCAAGUAACCGGUGAAGCCAUGCGACGUUUACAAACAGAACUUCCCGGCGGCUUAACCCUCGAAUCAAUCCUUGAAGUCUCACCUGCCCGAUUGAACGAAUUAAUUGGUCAAGUAGGCUUUCAUAAUCGAAAAACGGAGUAUAUAAAAAAGGCUGCUGUGGUAUUACGUGAUAAAUUCGAUGGUGAUAUCCCUACUGAGGUUGAGGAUAUGAUGUCAUUGGACGGCGUCGGUCCUAAAAUGAGUUACCUCCUAGAACAAUGCGCCUGGGAUAAAUCCACAGGUAUAGGCGUAGACGUCCACGUCCACCGUAUCGCAAAUAUGUUCAAAUGGGUUCCACAAUCUUCGGAACCGGAGGUAACACGCGUAUACCUACAAUCAUGGCUACCUAAGGAACUAUGGCGGGAAAUAAACUGGCUGCUCGUCGGCUUCGGACAAUCCGUGUGUUUGCCUAGAGGUCGACGUUGUGAUCUUUGUACUUUGGGACCGAAAUCCACGGGUGGGAAUGGGAUGUGCAAGGCUAGCAUUGUGGUUAAGAAUAAAGCACCUACGACGCCGAAGAAGAUUAAAAGGGAGGUCAAGAUCGAGGAGGACGAGGAUGGGGUUGUGGUCAAGAAGGAAGAGGAAAUGACCGAAGAGAGCAAUUGGCAGGUAGCGGAUCCGCUAGGAAUCGAUGCAGACACUGACAUCAAAAUUAAAAAGGAGGAGAUAAAGGAAGAAACCGAGACCUUCCCUAACGAAAUACCAGAUAUAGAGGAUAUAGUAGGCCGUCCGAGAAGAAACGCGAAGAGAAAGCGAUGA